AUGUCACCCCUGUUCACCAUUUUGAUCAAACCAGAGAAAAAAGCGGAACCCCUAGAAGUCCUGAUAGAUUCAGGCGCCACCUCAUCCUUCCUCCACCCCCGUACCGCGGAACUACUCCGCCUUCCACUCAUUGACCUCCCUACACCCCGUACCGUCACUAUGCUUGAUGGGUCAAGCCCCCAGGCAGGCAAGAUCUGGAAGAAGGCAGUUCUAACCUUCUCCUUUGAUGGCAAGAAGAUGACAGAGACCUUCCUUAUAUGUAACACAGGGUCUCAUGCUGCUAUCUUAGGAUUGAAAUGGUUGGAUGCCCACAACCCAGAGAUUGAUUGGAACAGGCGCACCCUUACCUUCCCUCAUACAACCCCUGAACAUGUGGCCAUUGCCGAGGAAGAGGAAGCAGAUAAGAACCCCCUUGAAGGAGUACCCUCCAAGUACCAUCAAUACGCCAAGGUAUUCGGGGAAGAAGAAUUCAACAAGCUCCCUCCACACCGGCAUUACAAUAUUGGAAUAGAACUCACGGAAGAAGGCCCCCUUAACUCCCCUCUUUACAGUAUGACAGACGCCGAGUCCGCCACACUCAAGGACUGGCUCAGGGAUGAGUUGAAAGCUGGGAAGAUCCGCCCUAGCAAAUCUUCCAUCAGUUCCCCCAUAAUGUUUGUCCCAAAAAAGGAUGGUUCCUGCCGCCUGGUUGUUGACUACCGUCGCCUUAACAAUCGCACCAAGAAAAACAUUUAUCCGCUUCCCCGCCCAGAUGAUCUUAUGGCCCAGCUCCGUGGCGCCAAGAUCUUUACCAAACUAGACUUACGAUGGGGUUACAACAAUGUGCGAGUUAAAGAAGGUGAUGAGUGGAAGACCGCAUUCCAAACCAAGUACGGCCUCUAUGAAUCCCUGGUGAUGACUUUUGGUUUGACAAACGCCCCUGCCGCCUUUCAGCAUUUCAUGAACGACUUGUUCAAGGACCUCCUGGAUGUAUGCGUCAUCAUUUACCUUGAUGACAUCCUAAUCUACUCUAAGGAUGACGCAACACACACCCAGCACGUUCAUGAAGUCCUACGGCGCUUAAUGGAGAACCAAUUGUUCUGUAAGGCAUCCAAGUGUACUUUCCACGUCACCUCAGUGGAGUAUCUAGGAAUAAUUGUAUUGGAUAAGGGAUUCAGUCUGGAUAAGCUCAAAAUCCAGGUGAUCCAAGAAUGGCCUACACCCACUAAGGUCAAAGAAGUACAAUUGUUCCUGGGUUUUGCCAAUUUCCUACGCCGCUUUGUUGCCAACUUUAGCCAUAUGGCCAGGCCAUUACAUAACCUGGUCAAAAAGGACAUACCAUGGAAAUGGGAUACUAGGGAGCAAGAAGCAUUCCAAGGGUUAAAAGACGCCAUUACCAACGCACCAGUACUAUGCCACGCCAAUCCUGCCAAACCUUAUUUCCUGGAAACGGACGCCUCAGGUGCGGCCUUAGGGUCUAUACUCAGUCAACGCCAGGAAGACAGACAAUUACACCCCUUAGGAUUCCUGUCAGAAUCGUUCAAGGGAGCGGAACAAAACUAUGAUACCCACAACAAAGAACUACUGGCUAUCAUACGAUCUUUUGAAUACUGGCGUAUAUUCCUGGAAGGAACUGCACACCCAAUCACCGUGUUUACCAAUCACCGCAAUCUGGAGUACUGGAAGGAGUCAAGAACCUUCAACCGUCGCCACGCACAAUGGCACCUUCUACUAGCCGGUUACAACUUCCAGAUUGUCUAUUGCCCCGGAAAACAAUCAGGGAAACCGGAUGCCCUUUCACGCCGUUCAGAUCACGCCAACAUUCCUCCAGCUGACCAAACCAUGCUCCCAGACCCUGUCUUUGCCAACGUUGCACUGGUCUUGCCAGAAAAAGAGUUACAACGCCAGAUUGAGCAAUCCCUAGACCAAGAUGAGUCUUUGGAGGAAAUCCUCCAAUUCCUCCAAAACAAAUCAAAGGCACCACCUUCCAUCAAACGAGCAUUCAAGGAUUAUGAAAUGGAAGCCGGGUUGUUAUUCUACCAAGGACAAAUUGUAGUACCAGAUGUAGGCACCCUAAGGACGGACUUGCUACAAAUAUUCCACAAUAGCCCCUUAGCUGGACAUCCUGGUAGACAACAAACCCUGGAAUUGGUCUUGCGCAACCACUACUGGCCUGGCAUCCGUGCGGACACCUAUUGGCACGUGGACUCCUGUGAAACUUGUCAACAAAUCAGGAAGCCCAAGUAUGCGUCUAUCCCACCUCAGCCUCUAGAACUUCCGACUAGACCCUGGCAACACGUUUCUUACAACAUGAUCGUGGACUUACCAAAGGACGGAAACUACAACUCAAUCCUGGUCAUCAUUGAUAGCUUCACCAAGUACGGGAUAUUUGUCAAAUGCUCCAAAAAGCUGAGAGCCCCGGAACUAGCGGAACUAUUCCUGGAACACGUAUGGAAACGGCACGGCAUGCCCGAGAAAACAGUCUCAGAUAGAGGGAGAGUGUUCAACAACAAGUUCCUAAAGGCGCUGUACAAACGCCUGGGAAUAGACCCCCACUUCUCCUCGGCGUAUCAUCCCCAGAGCGACGGACAGACAGAGCGAGUCAACCCUUCCAUUGAACACUUCCUAAGGGCCUAUUCGGGGGUCAACCAACGGGACUGGACUAAGUGGCUGCCAAUGGCGGAAUUUGCAUACAACAAUGCCAUGCACAGUAGUACUGGGAAAACUCCUUUCAAGGCCUUAUACGGAUGGGAACCCACCUUAACCCCGUCCAACGUACCCACAGAUGUCCCAGAAGCGGAUGAACUUGCCCAAACAAUGGAAGCACAAUGGAAGGAAGUAGAAUUGGCCCUCCGGCAAGCCAAGCAACGGAUGACAGCCGGAGAAAGCGGAAGCCCAACGGAAUUCAAAGUCGGAGAAGAAGCUUGGCUCGACGCCAAGAAUGUCAACCUCAAAACCUUAAGCCCCAAGCUAACAGAACAACGUUUGGGCCCGUUUAAGGUUACCAAGAAAAUCUCCGACCGCGCUUACCGGCUUGAACUACCCCCAACAAUGCGCAUUCACAACGUCUUCUACGUGGGGCUUCUAUCUAAGGUCAAAAGGGACAACAAACGCGCCUUUGAGAACCGCCCACCACCAGUCACCGUGGAUGGGGAAGAAGAAUACGAGGUGGAGGGGAUCACUGAUGCUGAAGAAAGGAACGGGAAAUGGUUCUUCCGAGUCAAAUGGAAGGGCUACGGAUCAGAAGAAAAUACAUGGGAGCCUCAAGAAAACUUAAAAAACGCCAAAAAAAUUUUAGAAAAAUACGAAAAGGAAAUGAAAAAGAAGGCCCUUGGCGCUGCCAAGGCCCUUAGAGGGGGGGCAGUGUCGUAG